CAAAUAAAAUAAAUGCUGGCUUAAAUAAUUAUACGAUAGUUUUAUCACGAAAAUGGAUACAAUGUAAUAGAAAUAUUCACAUUUUUAAUAAAAAUAACAGUGCAUGGUUAAUUAGAAAUAUUUAAACAAGAAAUAUUUAAAGCACGGAAAAAUGUGAUUCAGAACAAUUUUUGUUCAGAGAUGGGCUUAUUAGUUGAUGUGGUAUUGCAAGGACACGGGACGACAAAUGAUGGAAAUACUGCUAGGACAUUUUUCAGAAAUGCAGAGAAAUCGGCAGAGAUCACAGGAGUUAAUUUAAACCUGAUUGAACGUUUUAAAAAUAUUUUAAUGGUUAUGGCAAGUGGCCAAGAUAUUGAUACAAAUUCAUUUGAUGAGUAUGGUAUACAAACAGCUAAACUUUUCGUUUCCUUACAUCCCUGGUUUUAUAUGCCAUCCAGCUUACAUAAAAUAUUAAUACACGGUGCUGAUGUUAUUCGUUAUGCAGUUUUACCAAUAGGAUAUUUAUCAGAGGAAGCUCAAGAAUCUCGAAAUAAAGAUUUCAAAAUGUACAGAAGACACCACACAAGAAAAAAUUCAAGAAUAAACACAAACAAAGACCUCUUACAUGUGUUAUUAAUAUCAUCUGACCCAUUAAUAUCGACCAUAAGAUUACUUCCAAAAAAAAAAAUUACAAGACUUAUCAAAUUAAGCUAAAUCGUUAUUAAAUGUAAUGCAGUUAGACGAAACAAAUUUGAACAGUGAUUGUGAUAGUG